AAAACCCCCACCAAAACCUCUCGCCCCUCCUCUCUCUCCCUUUCCGCCUCCGCCUCUGUUUCCAUCCAGCUCUCGCCGCGCGGGUUCCCCGAUGCCCUCGGCCCCCGCCGCGGUCUCCCCACCCCACAGAAACCCUAGCUCUGUUUCCCAUAUCGAUGGCGGUCGUGGCGACCGCGCGCGACGUGGAAGAGGUCAUCCAGAAGCUCCACUCUGAUCGGGCCAGAGUCCGCGAUGAGGGGGUGAAGCUGCUGGGGACAUGGCUGCAGGAUGACCGCGCUGCGUCCUUCUGCCGCCUCCUCAGCCGCAACACUGCCAGGUUCAAGCCCGGCCACGGGAACCUUACCGGCGCCACCACAUGGCCGCUCCUUGUCCUGGCGCUCAUCAACUGCGUCAAGGAGGACAUCUCGGGUAAGAAGCGUGGUGCCACCAAGAGCGCUGCCGCCCGGAUGUUCCGCGUUGCUGUCCAGUGCGCGGAGGACCUGAAGCUAUCAGGGCAUUCACUACUUUUGUUCUCUAUUGCUAAGCAACUUUUCAUUCAUAUAUGGGAGGUCAUAAAAGAUGGCCCCAGCUUUCAGUUAGAGUACAGCAUAAUUCUUAGACAGCUUCUAAAUGUGAAGGAGUACCGCUAUCAGAUGAAACCUCGGAUAUAUAGCAAUUUUGUAUCACUCUACAUGAAGAAGGUUGCUACUGGUUUUGAUGCAAAAUUCAGCAAUCCGGCGAGCUCCAAGGAUGAAUCCUUCCGCUGUACAUUGACACUUCAUGUUCUACUUGAAAACCCACCGGGUGAUUACCCCGAUAUUAUGCGGGAGGAGGUUCUUAACGGAUUUAGUGCAGUUUUCUUACAUAUUAGGGAGGAGGGAAAGCUGACUCGCAAACUUAUGGAAUGCAUUAACACCUUUUUACUAAAGGAUGGGCCAAACCUGGGAUACAAAUCUGUGAAGAUCCAUAAUUCAGUUCAAGAGUUUAUAUUCCGUUGUUGGCUGGCAACUCAUGAUCAGGCCUUGAAGAGUUUGUUCAUAACCUAUGCGAAAGUUCAGCUGAAGAUUGCCAAGAAUAUUCCAGAGAUUUUGGAAAAACUUGUAGACAUCAUCACUAAGGAACUAGACAAAAAUGUUAACACCGGACCUGGUCUUCUAUGGUGUGAGGCACCACGAGAUGAGAAAGCUGUGUCCUUAAGGUGCUUCCAAGAGGAAUGGAUGGAUCUCUCUGCUACUGUUUUUUAUCUGGCCUGCAAAUGCACAACGAAGACAACAAACAGGGAGAAAAGGCUGAAGACAGAACACAUUAUGAACCUUAUCGUUGAUGGCCUUUUUAGAGGAUCUUUGUUUUGGAGCGGUUCCAUUUGUUUUCUGAUUCACAAGUAUGGAUAUCAUAUGGACAAAUCUUUGCUAAUUAGUUGGUUUGAAGCAAGUUGCAAAGCUUUGAGAAGUAUCUUGAGCCAUGCAAAUGCCAUACGAUUUCAGGAUUCACUACUCUGGCUUCUCAGGACAUUCACGGAGUUCUCCACAGUGCUCAUUUUUAACAGUAGGGAGAAAGUACAAUUUUGUUUAACAAAAGGCGAGAUGUCAAUUGUUGAAGAUGGUUGGCAAGCCAUAUGGAAUUCCCUUGUUCAUGCACUUCCAUUGUUAAGCAGCAUAGAUCUAGUUGCUGAUUCAGCUCUGAUUUUGCUGGGUGGAAUGAUCGUGCGGAACCAAGUUCAUACACCAUUUCUAUCAGAGGAUACAUGGAACCUGCAAAUAUUUAAACAAUUUCCAUCGCCGUCUGCUCUGUAUUUUGUUGCCUGUUACUUCUCAAGGAUAGGCUUUCAGGGUGACUUAUCCAAUUCUAUCUUUGUUCGGAAGACUCUGUUAAGAUCAACUUUGGAGUUAAUUCAUUCAAAGGAAUUCUCUCUUUUGAAUGAACAAAAUGUUGUUAUCAUUCCUGAAGCUAUUUUCUCAUUGUGUGCUGGUUUUUCAUCAUCAGCAAUUAAUUCAUCGGAUGUAUUGCAACUGUUUGGUGAUUGUAAAAUUUAUUCCAAGAUGUCUCUUGAGGAUGAUAACUGGGUUCUCAAAGAUGAACUACCCUACUCUGUGGAAGCUUUAUCAGAAAUCACUCUGGAUACUUGUACCAAGGUUACCUCUCAUAAAUGCCACCGUAUACAUCUUCCUGGGACUAUCCGGCAACCAAUGCUCCUCGAGCUCAUGGAAUUCAUCAAAGGAUUUGUGGUCUCAAAUGAGCAGUUUGAGAAAGUGGACUUGAAUAAUCUUGUUCUUGUUUGUUCUCUUCUAUGCAAUCUGAUUCAUUGUGCAUUGUUGUCAAGGUCUAUGGAAGAAAAAUCUUCACUUUUGCAAGAGGCAGUAGAUUAUAUCACCAAUAUUUUAAAGCAUAUUGUGGCAUUUGUUAUGAAGAAGAAUGAUGGACUUUCUCAUGGUCUUACUAACCUAAGUUCAGCAUUGGAUACAACGGGUUCUACUUUAUCCUCGAUCAAGAGCUUACUGUCUUCUCCAAUAUUUAAUCUGUCAAGAGUUGAUAAUAGAGUUUGUUCUGUUGUUAUCAAAAGCAUUACUGAAUUACUUGAUGAACUCUUGGUGGCAAUUUCUCAGCUGUUUUGUCAGAUCUCUAGUUUAGUGAGCAAUUUUGAUGCAGAGAGUACUGGUAAAGUGCUACCAACAUCCAGUGUCAAUUCAGAGGACCUAAAUCCUAUUUUGGACUGUAAAAGUAGUGUUGCUGAUAUGGAUCUCGAUGUGAUGGACUCUGGUGAAUUAGAUUCUGUCAAGGCUAGUGCUAGUGGAAGUAUGGGUAACUUCUUACGACCUUUGGAGUGGAAGCUGGAUCUAGUUUGCAUUAUUUCAACUUUUUUCUCAGUUUCAUCACUUCAUACAUGGGAAAUUUUGUACAGCUUGUUGGAGAAAGAAAAUGAUGUGAAGGUUCGUCAGGUCAUCUUGCUUAACCUUUGCAGAAACAUCUCAGCAUCAAAAACUGUAUCUUCAGUGGUCCAUCUUAUAAUUGAUAUGAGGGACAGAGGUGCAAGUUCAUUACUUGGCCCUGCGGAGUGCUUAACUCAUAUACAUGCUUUAUUAAAAACAUUGAUAGCUAUCCGCGAUGGUGGGCAAAAUGCUGAUGGAAAGCCACCAGGACGCGAAGUGUUUUUCAGUGAGAACCAGGAUAUCAUAUUUGACUUGGUAAAUAAGGCUACAGAGAUAAAUUCUGUAGAUUGGUUUUCCCGCAUCAAGCUCAUUGAUUGUGUCUCCUCCUUUGUUUGCCUGUUCCCUGAUGUUGCCCAGGGUUUGAUCGGAUGUUUGCUUGACAUGCUGCAUGAUGCUGAUUACCGUGUCAGGUUAUAUUUGGCUAGGCAAAUCGUCGUGUUAUUCCAAACAUGGGAAGGGCACAAUGAAUUAUUUAAUGAUGUUUGCUCAAGCAUUGGUGCCAAGAUGGUGAAGUUCUCAGAUAUUUCUCCAGUUACAGCUAGAGAAGUCUUGGCUGCUGGUCCACAAUCUGUUCCCAUAAUUGAAACUGCUCUCAUUACACUAGCUCAUUUGGCUGUGCAUAGCGAGGAUGUUGAAGUUGAGUGUGUGUUCAUGAUUUCUGCUGCUGCUGCUAUAGAGCCUUCUCAGCGAGAAUUAGCUUUUGCGUUAUUUGAUUCCAUGUCAAGGAGGCUGGGUUAUGCUUCAAGAAGCAAGUAUCUGGACCAAGUGAUGGGCCCGAUUCUUUUUCGAUGGGUUGCUUGUGAGAUGAAUCUAGUUUCACUUGUUGAGGUGCAAGAAAUGUUUGGUUAUGGGUCUGCUGAGCCAAAGAACUUUGUUGAACAUUGUAGUUCAUGGCUUCUCCCAUUCCUCAUUCUCAGGGGUGAUGGUGCUGAUAUGAAUUGGAUAUCAAAGAUUUUAUCUCAACCUUUGUCAAUCAUUAUCAAGAAAUACUUUGUUCCAAUCUUUGGAUUGUGCAUUGCUGUCAGAUGUGGCACAGGGCCAGAGAAGGAUUUAGCUGAAACUGUCUUAUGUGAAUCAGUUUUGCAGCUUGGUGAAAUUUCUGAGGUUGAGCGUGAUGAUCUCAUUAAAAAACAUAUGGUUGCGAUCGUUGCUUUUUUGCUCUCUGUUUCAUCAUCUGCUCAUGAGCCACAAAUUCCAUAUUUUUCCAAGGAGAAUGUUGCACUUUCAGUCAGAAUGGUUGUUGAUGGAUUUGUGGACACAAUGGAUGAUAAUUUGGCUGAUACAGUUGUUAUUGAUAAAAUUAAUAUAUUCCGUGCUGACAGAGUAUUUAAGUUCCUGUUGUCAAUACAUCAGCAAGUUGCAGAUGCUAGCCACCCCAGGCACAUGGGUCAUCGUCUUUGUGCAAUUGAGGUUUUAAUAGAUGUACUUGGACACCGGGUGGUUCUUGAGAGCACUUGCUUCUAUAUUAUUUCUAUUGUGGGGAACUAUAUCCAGCAAAAACCACUGCAAGGCCAGUGCUGUAAUAUUUUGUCUAAAGUGUUGGCUGCUUUUGAUGGAAACACCUCUGCUGAAACCCUGGAAGUGCUUGGCAGGCAGCUUCAGGUAGUAGUUCCAAAAUUAGUUAUUUCAUGCCUAGUCAAUGAGAAAGAAGAAAGAAGUGGUACUGAAGAUUCAUCAAGAGUUCUUUCUUUACUCCGUCAAUUGACAGUGGAGGCUGAUCCUCUGCUUUAUGAUUACAUAAGAGAGUUAGAACCACUUCCUGAUCUUGAUUGCUUGAAAGAUGUACAGGAGUUUCAUGCUUCACUUUCUGCAUCACAUUCUUCAAGAGAUCAGUUCUUAAAGUUUGUUAAUAAGGCUCCUUAUUUGCCACCGGAGCUAUUUUUGUUGAGGCCAUGGAUAGAAAAAGUUGAACUCGAGGGAAUUUUAGUCCUCUACGCCCAUCAUUUAUUGAUCACUACCUUCGAAAGUCUUCGUGCGUAUCACAAAAAGUUAUUAUUGGGAGAAAUCAUCCGUAGAAGUGACCUAUCUGUGGCUGAUGCAGACAUGGUUAGCUGCUGGCGUAGCGACCCAGAUGUCAUUUCUGCUGUAUGGGCUCUUGUUGACCUUUGUAGCUCAUCAUCUAUAGCAAAUGAAGCUUCUUCAGUGCUUGCUGAUUUUAUCUCUAGGGCUGGUAUAUCUGAUGCACAUCAAGUGAUAUUCCGUCUGCCAACUCCUACCGAAAACUAUCCUUUACAACUACAUACCAGUUCUGCUUCCAAGGAGGAUAAAAUAUCCCCAGACUAUGGUAUUUCUGAUGAUGUUUUGGUUGUGCUUCUGAAACUCUUGAAGACUUAUUUAUCUGAUGAAUCUGUUGAAAUAAUAGAUGCUGCUUCACAAACACUGAGGGGUAUUCUAUCAACAUCAAGGGGGCUCAAUGCUCUGCAGUUUCUUGAUUCUCUUGAUAGGUCUUUACUCAUGGUUCAUUCGAGAGGUGUAAACAUUCAGAUAGUUGAACAGACUAUAUCGCAAAUGGAACAGUGUGCUGGUGUUUCACUUGAAGAUGCAGAUGUGUGGCAAACUGAAGGUCGAACUUACAAGCAAUGGCUGUGCACCCUAGUGAGCUCACUUAUUUGUCACUGUGAUGACAUCAUUUUGAGACUCUGUAGGAAUCUUGUUUUUCUCAAAGUUAAGGCUGCUGAGCUUUUGCUUGCAAGUACUCUAGUGAACAUUGCUAGCAAUGUUGAUUCUAAUGCUGUCAUCUGCAGAUUAAUUUCAACAAAGGUUGAGAAAAUAAUUUUUUCUGACUCCAAUCAUUCGUUGAAGUCAAUCCAUCUGUUUCUGGAUGCACUGAAUGUCAUUAGAUCUUUUUAUGUUGCUGAAAAGGCCAGAACUUUCCCUUCUAAUACUCUGAAGGAUGGUAGAUCUGCUAGAUCAAAAAGUCGAUCACCAGCGACAACCCCAUCAUCAUCAUGGAAGAGGGUAUACUGGCUUUCUGUUGAUUAUCUUGUUGCUGCCAAAGCUGCUAGUCGAUGCUCAUGUGACUUUGCCGUAUUAAUGUAUGUUGAGCUUUGGUGUGAGGAACAAUUCAAUAGGCUGGCAUUAGGACCUCCAGAGUUUUCCCACGAAGAGUCGUUGCCGCCACAUGUUGGUCUGUUGGUUGCUGCAUUUACUCGCAUAAAUGAACCGGACAGCAUUUAUGGACUCACACUAGCCAAUGAGAUAGCAUCUCAGCUUAUUAGAUAUGAGCAUGAAGGUGAUUGGAGUAGUGCACUUGAAUACUACGAUUUACUCGUAAGGUCAACGCCAAAGGAGCAUCUUGGCAAUUUAACUGGGUCGGUGUUGACUGGACCAUCUACCGUGUCUUCUAGAGCAGAAGAUACAACGUUGAACUGGAAAAUGCACAAAGGUCUUAUGAGAUCCUUGCAGAAAACUGGAUGUAGUCAUGUGCUUGAUGUCUACUGUGAAGGUUUGACUCACCAAAAAGGGUGUCUUCAACAAGACGCAGAGUUUAUUGAUAUCCAAUAUGAAGCCGCUUGGAGGGCAGGAAAUUGGGAUUUCUCCUUUUUCAUUCCAUAUUCUUCUUCGUCUUCAACCCGCACUCGAAGUUACUGUCUUUUCAAUGAAAAUUUACACAGUUGCUUAAGAGCUCUGCAGAAUGGUGAUUCUGAGGAGUUCCAUGCAAAACUUUGUCAAACCAAGAUGGAUCUUGUCUUGGCUUUGUCAAACACUAGCAAGGAGAGCACGAAAUACAUCCACUCAACCAUCCUUAAAUUACAGAUUCUAGAUCAUGCUACUAUGGUUUGGGACCUGCGUUGGAACCUUAAUCCCAAUCAAACAUCAAAAUCUUCCGUAACCAAGGAAUUUUCUCAUAUAUCUACUAUCCCUACAGGGAUACAGUUGGAGUUGCUGGAUAAAGAGUGGAACUUAAUUGUGUUCCAAGCAGAACGGAACCUUGAUCUUUUUGAACCUUUUCUGGCAUUUAGGCGUGCCCUCCUUAAGAUUUUAGGUUGUGAAGAACAUCUUGUAAAACAUUUAUUUCAAUCUGCUUCUGCGCUCCGGAAGGGAUUAAGGUUUUCUUUGGCAGCGGCAGCUUUAUAUGAGCUCAAAGAACUUUGUUUUCACAGAGAUGAGGGCACUAUGCCAAAUACCUAUUUCCUUUCACGGCUUGAAGAGGCUAAAUUGCUCAGAGCUCAAGGGCAGCAUGAUAUGGCUAUUAGUCUUGGAAAAUACAUACUACAGAAGCAUUCUGACAAGAAAAACCUGUCAGAUGUCUAUCGAUUAGUGGGAAAGUGGCUGGCUGAAACAAGAUCAAGCAACUCAAGAACUAUCAUUGAGGACUAUUUAAGACCUUCUGUAGAUCUCUCUGAAUUUGAGAAGAGUACAGAUAAAAGGUACAUGUCCAGGCAGUGUCGAACACAUUUCCAUCUGGCACAUUAUACAUAUAGUUUGUUCAGAAGCUAUGAGGAAAGACUCUCAUCUAACGAAUGGCAAGCAGCUCUGCGAUUAAGGAAAUACAAGACUAGGGAGUUGGAGACACUGAUUAAAAGACUCAGAAGUUCAUCUAAGGGUGUGAAGACUGAUUACUCGGUAAAAAUCCAAGAGUUACAGAAACAACUUGCACUUGACAGAGAAGAAGCAGAGAAGAUUCAGGAUGAUCGUGAUAAUUUCUUAAACCUAGCGCUUCAAGGCUACCAACGUUCAAUUGUUGUUGGUGGCAAAUAUGACCUACAAGUGGUUUUCCGGUUGGUCUCGCUGUGGUUUAGUCUUUUCUCAAGGGAUCAAGUUGUGAAAGCAAUGUUGAAAACAACAAAAGAGGUCCAAACCUACAAGUUCAUACCACUGGUUUAUCAAAUUGCUUCGAGACUUGGGAGCUCCAAAGAUGCUCAGGGGUCAACUAACUUCCAGAUUGCAUUAGCUUCUCUUUUGAAGAAAAUGGCUGUUGAUCACCCAUAUCAUACAAUAUUCCAGCUUUUGGCUCUAGCAAAUGGUGAUCGUGUCAAAGACAAGCAAAGAAGUAGAAGUUCUUUUGUUGUAGAUAUGGAGAAGAAGCUUGCUGCAGAAAAUUUAUUAAAGGAGCUGUCUUCCUGUCAUGGACCUCUAAUUCGUCAGAUGAAACAAAUGGUUGAGAUCUACAUUAAGUUAGCAGAACUGGAGACCAAGAAGGAGGACACUAACAAAAAAAUUCCACUGCCCAGGGAGGCCCGCAGCAUUGGUCAGCUUGAACUAGUUCCAGUUGUGACUGCUACUGUUCCUGUUGAUCCUAGCUGUCGUUAUGAAGAAGGCUCCUUUCCACAUUUCACUGGGUUGACUGACUCUGUUAUGAUCAUGAAUGGAAUUAAUGCUCCCAAAGUUGUAGAAUGUUUUGGCUCAGAUGGUAACAAAUACCGCCAACUUGCAAAAUCUGGAAAUGAUGACCUGCGACAGGAUGCUGUGAUGGAGCAAUUUUUUAGUUUGGUAAAUACAUUCUUGCAAAAUCACCGAGAUACUUCUGAAAGGAGGUUAAGAAUCCGUACAUAUAAGGUUGUUCCUUUCACCCCAAGUGCUGGUGUUGUUGAAUGGGUAAAUGGUACUGUUCCACUAGGCGAUUAUCUAAUUGGGAGUACUAGAACUGGUGGAGCACAUGGACGAUAUGGAAUUGGGGACUGGACAUAUCUUCAAUGCAGAGAGUACUUGAUGAGUGAAAAGGACAAAAGGAGGGCAUUUCGUAAAAUCUGCGACAACUUUAGGCCUGUGAUGCACCACUUCUUUCUUGAGAGAUUCUUGCUGCCUGCAGAUUGGUUCCAAAGUAGACUUGCUUACACAAGGAGUGUAGCAGCAAGCUCGAUGGUAGGAUAUAUCGUCGGUCUUGGGGAUCGUCAUUCCAUGAAUAUUCUCAUCGACCAAGACACAGCUGAGGUUGUACACAUUGAUCUUGGUGUUGCAUUUGAACAGGGUCUCAUGCUUAAAACACCUGAACGGGUUCCAUUUCGGUUGACAAGGGAUAUUAUAGAUGGCAUGGGUGUUACUGGUGUUGAAGGUGUGUUUAGAAGAUGUUGUGAGAAAACUCUCUCUGUCAUGAGGGCGAAUAAAGAAGCAUUGCUCACUAUUAUUGAAGUUUUCGUUCAUGAUCCUCUAUAUAAAUGGGCACUCUCACCACUGAAAGCCUUGCAACGUCAAAAGGAAACAGAUGACACUGAUUCAUGUUUGGAUGACUCCCAAGAGGCUUACGAUGGCAACAAGGAUGCAGCUCGUGCUAUACUCCGUGUUAAACAGAAGUUGGAUGGAUAUGAAGAUGGCGAGAUGAGAAGUGUGCAGGGCCAGGUCCAACAACUCAUACAGGAUGCGGUGGAUGUUGAUCGGUUGUGCCAAAUGUUUCCAGGGUGGGGACCUUGGUUGUAAGCGCCAUUGAAAUGGAUGUAAAUUUUGAUCGAAGGCAAGAGCAACUUUUUUUUCACUGCUUGUGAGGUUUUACUCUUUUGGGGUGUUUUUCUCCUCACCACCCUCUCAACGUUCCUACAAGGUACAGCUAACCACCUUUGGGACCCUGUACAUUGAUGGGAAGCAAGGACGACAUUUGGAUGCAGGUGGGUUGUACCACUCCUGAGUCCUGAUAGCUGUUUUAGAGCCAGGGGUCAAGUCGUCCACACAGAGACAAUGGGUGAUAGCAUAGUGAGGCCACAUUUUUUUUGGGCUAUCAUGCAGCGUACAUUCAACUGCUUCGAUGGUUGGACACCGUAUUUUUGUUCAGGAGUACUUUGUAAAGAUUGAGGUUGUUUUGUCAUGUAUAUAAAGGGUUUGUUUGAUCUUUGAUGACAAGUACAUGUGUACUUGUGUAGCACCAAAUUACGAAGGUUAUUAGAUGCAUUUGUAUA